ACCGGAAGUGGUAUCCUGCUAUCAACAACAGCGCGGAGGGGGUGUGGGGAAACCAGCAGCAAACCAACAAUAGAAGGAAUCGAACCAUUUUCACUCACACAAUCAACCCCCUCGCAGAAACUGUCAUGAACGGGAAGUGGUCCCGGGGCUGGUGACGAGCGGGGCGGCCAUGCUGUCAGACACAGACUACUGCGGGAGCGCCUCCGGUGCCCGGCGGGCCAGGAAGAGGAGCUCCGGGGAGGGGGACAGCCAGACCGUGCGCUCCUCCGGGAGGCAGACCAACGUCCGGGUGAAGCGAACCAACAACCCGCCACCUGGACAGAGCAAGAGAAAAGCUACAGACACUGAGGAAGAGGACGAUCAGUCUGAGAAGAAGUACAGAAAGUGUGAGAAGGCUGGAUGCUCGGCCACGUACCCCGUGUGUUUCGCGAGCGCAAACGAGAGAUGUGCUAAGAACGGAUACACGUCUCGAUGGUAUCAUCUGUCCUGUGGUGAACACUUCUGCAAUGAAUGCUUCGAUCACUACUACAGGAGCCACAAAGACGGAUAUGAGACCUUUGCAUCGUGGAAGAAGGUGUGGACGAGUAAUGGGAAGAGUGAGCCCAGUCUUAAAGCUUUCAUGGCCGAUCAGCAGCUGCCGUUCUGGGUUCAAUGCACCAAACCGGAGUGUAAGAAGUGGCGUCAGCUGACUAAGGAGAUCCAACUCACUCCUUCCUUAGCAGCAUCAUAUCGCUGUGGAAUGAAGUUCAACAACAUUAAGAGUGAAGGACCGGACCAGUGCUCCCAACCAGAGGACCUGAGAGUAGCUGAGGUGACCGACAGCUGGUGGCACUCAAUGCUGAUUUUGCCGCCACUGUUUAAAGAAAGUCCAGCCAGCCCCUUCCUCGCUGCCUACUACCCCGACUGUGUGGGAAUGAGUCCCUCAGGCUCUCCCAGCAACAUGUCUCUGAACGACCUGAGGGCCGAUCACUGCCGAGCUGUACCGCCACAAAUUCCAGGUCUGUGUCCGUACUUCCAGCCCUUCUAUCAGCCUAAUGAGUGUGGCAAGGCUCUGUGUGUGCGGCCGGACAUGAUGGAGCUGGAUGAGCUUUACGAGUUUCCAGAGUUUUCCCGGGAUCCCACCAUGUACUUGGCUUUGCGUAACCUUAUCCUGGCUUCCUGGCACAAGAACUGCAAGGAGAUGCUGACCUCUCAGAAAUGUGCCCAGCACAUCAUUGUCCGGGGGCUGGUGCGUGUGCGCUGCGUGCAGGAGAUGGACCGGGUGCUCAACUUCAUGACCAGGAAGGGUUUGAUCAACACGGGUUUGCUGGCAGUCAAACAGCCGCUCCUCCCCGAAAGCCAUCGGGCUAAGAACGUUAUCGUCAUCGGUGCCGGAGCCUCAGGACUUGCUGCUGCCCGGCAGCUGCAAAACUUUGGCACUCAGGUGAUGGUGCUGGAGGCGAGGGAGAGGAUCGGAGGUCGAGUGUGGGACGAUGCGUCUCUGGGCGUCACUGUGGGCCGAGGAGCACAAAUUGUCAAUGGUUGUGUAAAUAACCCCGUUGCCCUGAUGUGUGAACAGAUGGGCAUCCAGAUGCACAAGCUGGGGGAGCGGUGUGACCUCUUCCAGGAGGGAGGACAGGUUACUGACCCGGCCAUUGACAAGCGCAUGGACUUCCACUUUAACGCCAUCUUGGACGUGGUGGCAGAGUGGAGGAAGGACAAGUCCCAGAACCAGGACACACCACUGGGAGAAAAAGUCCAGGAGGUGAAGAAGAACUUUCUGCAGGAGUCUGGGAUCCAGUUUAGUGAGUUGGAGGAGAAGGUGCUUCAGUUUCACCUCAGCAACCUGGAGUACGGCUGCGGAAGCAUGUUAGACCAGGUAUCAGCAAGAUCCUGGGAUCACAACGAGUGUUUUGCCCAAUUCUCAGGAGACCACACUUUACUCAAUAAGGGCUACUCCGUCUUACUCCACAAACUGGCCGAGGCCCUCGACGUCCGCACAAAGUGUCCGGUUCAGGCCAUUGACUACUCAGGUGACGUUGUCAGAGUUACCUCCUCCAAUGGCUCCCAGUGGACGGCACAGAAGGUUCUUGUUACAGUCCCAUUGACUUUGCUGCAGAAGAAUUUGAUUCAGUUCAACCCUCCACUUCCUGAGAGGAAACUGAAAGCAAUCCACAGUCUGGGAGCUGGCAUCAUAGAAAAGAUCGCUCUUCAGUUCCCGUACAGAUUCUGGGACAAAAAAAUCCAAGGGGCUGAUUACUUUGGUCACAUCCCACCGGCUCCCGACAAGAGAGGCAUGUUCAGCGUCUUCUAUGACAUGGAUCCACAGGGAAAGCAGGCUGUCCUCAUGUCAGUGAUCACUGGGGAUGCCGUCCCUGCUGUUCGGGACCUGGAGGACAAGGCGGUGGUUGAUGAGUGCAUGAAAGUUCUGCGUGAACUUUUCAAAGAACAGGACGUCCCGGAGCCGAUACACUUCUUUGUCACACAUUGGAGCAAAGACAUCUGGUCCCAGAUGUCCUACAGCUUUGUGAAGACAGGCGGCAGUGGAGAGGCCUAUGAUAUCCUUGCUGAAGACAUUCAGGGCAAAGUCUUCUUUGCUGGCGAGGCCACCAACAGACACUUCCCUCAGACUGUGACCGGAGCCUACCUCAGUGGGGUCCGAGAGGCCAGCAAGAUGGCUGCUAUGUAAAUUGUCAGCACCAGAUCACUCAACAGCACCAGCAUGGACACACACACGGGUCGCUCACUGACACACAGACCGGUACUCAACUCUGACUGUGUUCCCUUAGUCGCUCCACAUGACGUUUCACUACACUGUCGUCUGUCUGAUCAGCGAGACACCGUGAACUCCAGCUCUCCAGGUCCCGGCUCCACACACUUAACACACGAUUGAACGAGUGAUUUUCAUUUAUGUCACAAACCAGCUGUCAAAAGGAUUUAAGUCGGCGACAAGAAGCAAAACACCAUCGUAGCUAAGGAGGUGGACUGUGUGAUGAUGCCUGUGAGGCUCUGCCAGGUUCCACUGGGCUGGAGAGCAGGGUGAUCUUAUCUUGAGUUUUACGGUUGGUGUCGUGAGCACUUCUGUAAUGAAAUGGUUCUAAAUGUUCAUUUGAAGACAUGAGGCUGCAUGAAACAUUGGUUAACUCUCCGUUUUCUAAUCAUGCAUCGACCUGAAUAAGAUUUAAUCUCCAGGGAUCAAGUUUCAAGAGAUGAUACAGGAAUGUUUAAAAACUAAAUCUUCGUUGAGAGUUGCCUACCAAUGUUUUUUACAACUGCAUUGUUUUGCAUGUGAUAUAUGUGUUGGUACAAAUGGUUUAGUGAACGGGAUGAAAGGUUAGAUAUUUACUAUUAGUCCUUCUGCGAUAGCACUUUUAUUUAUAGCAUUGAUUUGAUUUGAAAAAAAGAAAUGAAUAGUUUGUGUCAGUUAAAUUCCUCUUGUUGAUGACAAUGAUCAGAAGACACUAGAUCGUCCCCUUACUUACCUUCUCAGGGAUUUGAUCAGGAUUUUAUCACCUAGAGAAACAUAAUAAUGUAUUUGUACAAUUUUGAAUAUCAUUGUUUAAAAAAGGUCACACAAACAACCAAAGGAGGAAAGUAAAUCCUUCCUAUUUCCCUUGUGUUUGCUCUUGAAUUCAAACUGAACCUUAGUUGUUGGGGGGGGCUAAUCAGCACAGCGACGUCCUCACUGUCUUUGACCGAUGUUGACUAAUAAUGCUUUACAUGUAGAGUCAGAUCUGUGUGAGAAUCUAGAAUCAUGUCCCGUCUGGCUGACAUCACAGUGCUUCAAUAUUUAUCUUGUACUUGUGUAAUAAACUGAGCUUUGAACUGCCA